GAGAGGGAGAGAGAGCAGAGUGGGAGUCAGUGACCCUGGGCAGACACCUGGAGGAGAGACAUCUGGUCAGAUCCCGCCCGCUCAGGUAAAAGAUCGCGAGAGGGAAGCUUGGAGAAAGAGGAUCAAUCCCACCCCCUUCGUUUAAAAGAUGGCCAAUGGGAAAGAGGGUCAAUCCCACUCCCCUUCAUUUAAAAGAUGGUCAAUGGGAAAGAGGGCCAAUCCCAUCUCCCUUCAUUUAAAAGAUGGGAAAGAGGGUCAAUCCCACUUCCCUCAUUUAAAAGAUGGCCAAUGGGAAAGAGGGUCAAUCCCACUCCCCUCAUUUAAAAGAUGGCGAAAGGGAAAUACAGAGAAAAGGGCAAUCUCAUCCCUCUCAUUUAAAUGGUGGUGAAAGGGAAGUGCGGAGAAGGGGUCAAUACCACUUCCCUCUUUAAAAGAUAGCAAAGAAGAGCAGAAAAGGGUCAAUCCCACUCCUUUCUUUUAAAAGAUGGUGAAAGGGAAAUGCAGAGAAAGGGUCAAUCCCAUCCCCCUCAUUUAAAAAAUGGUGAGAAAGAAAUGCAAAGAGGGGGUGGUCACAGAGACUCUCCAAAUAACCGUUAUCCUCCAGCCCUGGGGAAGCCUAGAUAUGAAGGAGCUGCCUCAGCCACACUGGGCCUCCCCCACCCCCCUUACAAAUCGACAGAUGCAGAGUAGGUGCUCAUUAAAUGUCAAGUGACUAAGAGUGAGGGAUUAAAGAGCAGCUGUAUGCGACCUUGUCUCGACCGAUCCCAUGAUUCCCUUCGGGCUUAGAGAGGAGGUCCUAGGAAUAUUGGCUACUUCAAUAAAACUAGCUCUUCUGGAAGGGCAGGACCCAUCUCCAAUUCUUUAGGUCCCUAUUGGCUCAACCAGGGAAAGGCUCUUUGUCUACGGAAUUGAGUUCAACUUAAUUACAGGCUGUUCUACUCUCUUAGAUGAUUGUGACAUUAAAGAUUUGACAAACCCUGGAGGACAGGCUACUCAGUUGAGGAGAAAGGCUAAGGGGAUGUUUAUGACAGUCAUGGUAUAGGGCGCCAUAUUGUACAGAAUGCAAGACCUGAGUUCAAAUUCUGCUUUGAACACUUACUAGAACUGGAAUUGAGAGGUUAAACCUCUGCUUGCCUCAGAACAGCUCAGAAGCUGUUGUGAAAAUCAAAGUUGUAAAACUCUUGGCAAACCUUCAUACACAUAUGCCGGUGGGCAUCAUUACUAUUAUGGAGGCAAGCGCUGGAUUGUCCAUGUGUCCCACUGGCAACGACACAACACCAAGAGAUCUGCAGAAGCCAGAAUGCCUAGUGCAUCUCCCCCUCUCCCACCAGUGGAUAUAUAGGACAGGGACAAGAGAAAUAAAUAUGGAUUAAGUGUCUUCUCUGGAUCAAAGUUGGAGAGUCCCCACAUGCAGAGGUGAUGAUUCACAAUGAAGAUGUGGCAGUAAUGGUCAAGGAGGUGAGCUUCCCUGGCCCUCUGGGUCACUCAAUGGAAAAUGGCUCCCCAAGAACUUCCACCCAGACACAAUCACCCAAUGGAAACUGGCUCCCCAAGAACUUCCACCCAGACACAAACACGAAUGGAAAAUGGCUCCCCAAGAACUUCCACCCAGACACAAUCACCCAAUGGAAAAUGGCUCCCCAAGAACUUCCACCCAGACACAAACACCGAAUGGAAAAUGACUCCCCAAGAACUUCCACCCAGACACAAUCACCCAAUGGAAAAUGGCUCCCCAAGAACUUCCACCCAGACACAAUCACCCAAUGGAAAUUGGCUCCCCGAGAACUUCCACUCAGACAUAAUCACCCAAUGGAAAAUGGCUCCCCAAGAACUUCCACCCGGAUACAAACACUGAAUGGAAACUGGCUCCCCAAGAACUUCCACUCAGACAAUCAUCCUUCCUGUUACUUUUGUCCCCUGGGGCCUGUCACAGAGGAGGCACUUAUGUAUCUCCCCCUCUGUACCCUAAGGAAAAAUAAUAAUUAUAGGCUUCAUUUCCACCACAUCAAGAGGCAGCAAGGCUUUGCAUUAGGGGGUUACACCCAGGUCAGCCGGGCAAAGACUGCCAGAGGCCGACAAAACAAAUUAUCCGGGGAGGAGGAAAUGCCAUUCUCCCCAUUUUUGAGAGGAGAAAGAAGAUCUUAGCUUCUGAUUCUGAAAUGGCUGGAGUGGGGGAUACUGGGCAGGCCCCUUCCCUAACUCUCCGAGAGGUUCUGAGUUGUCAAGGAGGUGCCCUGUCACCGGACUGCCACCUGUCAAUGAAACCCUACCUUGUCCCCUCAGAUAAUCAGACUGUGCUCACAGGGGUCGAGGCUCACACGGAUCAUUACAUGCCGAGAGCUGUGAUGUGAACGUGGGUCACUCUGGUUCCCAGAAUUCACUGCUCUUUCUGUUAGGCCAGACUGUCUCUCCAUUCAAACAGCACCCACAGAAAACUGGGCAGAGAAAAAAAGCUAAGGAAUUCCAGAACUGCAGAAUAAGGGACCCACCUCUUAAAAACAACCUAGUGGCCAACCCUAUAAUUGCUCAUCCACCUCUGUGGGGACCCUGAGAGAUGGGGAGCUCACUACCUGUGAGAAGCCCAUUUUACUUUUCAAUGCCUCAGUCUCUCAGAGGGGUUCUCCUCUUGCACUUUGCUGGCCUUGCCCUUCGUUCUGAAGAAGCAAUGCUGGCUUCCUCUUAUGACGGGAUCUCUAAAGCCCUCACUCCUUCCUCCAUUGGGUCCCACAUACUUCUUGACACGAUCUCGAAGGUGACCGAGGCUGGGUCUGGCUGCAGCUCCCUCCCCCUGCCCAGUGACAUUCCAUUCAACCACCUUAUCUCCAAGUCUCCAUGGCCCAGGAGGCCUCGGGCCUCUCUCAAGGCCGUUCUGGACCCAGACUAAACAAAGGGCUUGGUAAAAAGUUACUGAGGCAGCAAGAGAAUUCAAUCCUGCUGCAGAGAAAUGAUGAUGAUGAUAAGUGAUCAGAAUAAUGAGUUAACAUUUAUACAGUGCCUACUGUGUACCAGGCCCUAUGCUAAUAAACAUUUUACAAUCGUUUAUUGUAUUUUACAAUUAUUCUCCUUUGAUCCUCACCAAAGUCGAUGCUAUUACUGUCAUCUCCAUUUUUACAGAUGGGGAAACUCAAGCAAGCAGACUAGGGAGGAUCCUCAAACUUCUUCCUUACUUUUUCCUACUUCUCCAAGAGUCCAAAUUUACCAAUGAGUUACCAAGACCCUCCUAUAUCCAGAGCACUGCCCUUAGUAUCUAAGAAGAGCUAGUUUGGCCUAUUAGGGAGAGAAGGUCCACCUAAAAAGCCUCCCAGUCCUUCCAGUUUUAAAGUUGGAAAGGGGGUCCCUACUAAUUUUUUAAUUCAGUCCCAUCUGAAAAGCAAUUGGGUGUCUCCCGACAUGUCUGGUAAUUCUCUGAGAGUAGGGCAAGCCAGAUCCCCUUUCUCUGGAUUUCCCAGAGAUACUUACAGCUGCCAUGCACAUAGCCCCACUGUCUAGAUCCUCCCCAAUGACCCCUACUCAGCGCUCACGCUUUUCUGAGUCUCAAGCAGAAGGUCGGCUUUCUCUGCCAGCUGUCCACAAAGGCCUAUGUGUGGGUGUCAGAAAGGGAAAGGGGUAGUUGCUGAGUCACCUUUGCACAAGAAGAGUCGCCAGCUCCCUGAAGCAGACAGUAAGGUUCACCUGCCCUGGAAAGGGAAGCCCAUGGCUUCAAGCCUGGCAAAGGAGGGCUCUCUACCCAACUGCUGCUUGCCGGCGCUUGCUUGGCUAGCCCAUCACCCAGAAUAUUUCCUGGCAUUGAAGAGAAAACCAAGCCAGCUACCCAGGAAGACUAGAGAAGUUUCAGCAGCCAGACCUGGCAGUGAUGGGGGCCAUUGCUAGCUAGACCAGGCAUGCCAGGUGGGGCUGGAGAGAAGGAGAGAUGGGCACCAAUCCCUCCUGACAUCAUCCCCUGGGUCAGUUACAAAUCUUGCCUUUGUUCCCACUAAAGAAGCUGUUCUCAACUGAAAGGUGGGAUAUAUAAGGUUGAAUGGGAGAAGGGAGGUGGAGAGGAAGGAAGGAAGGAAGGGGGAGAAAGCAAGAGCAAAAGAGAGAAAAAAGGACAAAGGUGGAGAGGAAGGAAGGGGGAAAAAGCAAGAGCAAAGGAGAGAAAAAAGGACAAAGGUGGAGAAGAAGGAAGGAGGAGAAAGCAAGAGCAAAAGAGAGAAAAAAGGACAAAGGUGGAGAGGAAGGAAGGAGGAGAAAGCAAGAGCAAAGGAGAGAAAAAAGGACAAAGGUGGAGAGGAAGGAAGGGGGAAAAAGCAAGAGCAAAAGAGAGAAAAAAGGACAAAGGAGGAAGGAAGAGAAAGCAAGAGCAAAGGAGAGAAAAAAGAACAAAGGUGGAGAGGAAGGAAGGAGGAGAAAGCAAGAGCAAAGGAGAGAAAAAAGGACAAAGGAGGAAGGAAGAGAAAGCAAGAGCAAAGGAGAGAAAAAAGAACAAAGGUGGAGAGGAAGGAAGGAGGAGAAAGCAAGAGCAAAGGAGAGAAAAAAGGACAAAGGAGGAAGGAGGAGAAAGCAAGAGCAAAGGAGAGAAAAAAGGACAAAGGAGGAAGGAGGAGAAAGCAAGAGCAAAGGAGAGAAAAAAGGACAAAGGAGGAAGGAGGAGAAAGCAAGAGUAAAGGAGAGAAAAAAGAACAAAGAUGCAGAGGAAAGGAGAAAAGAACAAAGGUGGAGAGGAAGGAAGGGGGAAAAUGCAAGAGCAAAAGAGAGAAAAAAGGACAAAGGAGGAAGGAGGAGAAAGCAAGAGCAAAGGAGAGAAAAAAAGAAGGAAGGAGGAGAAAGCAAGAGCAAAGGAGAGAAAAAAGAACAAAGGUGGAGAGGAAGGAAGGAGGAGAAAGCAAGAGCAAAGGAGAGAAAAAAGGACAAAGGUGGAGAGGAAGGAAGGAGGAGAAAGCAAGAGCAAAGGAGAGAAAAAAAGGACAAAGGAGGAAGGAGGAGAAAGCAAGAGCAAAGGAGAGAAAAAAGAACAAAGAUGCAGAGGAAAGGAAAAAAGAACAAAGGUGGAGAGGAAGGAAGGGGGGGAAAGCAAGAGCAAAAGAGAGAAAAAAGGACAAAGGUGGAGAGGAAGGAAGGAGGAGAAACCAAAAGCAAAGGAAAGAAAAAAGAACAAAAGUGGAGAGGAAGGAAAGGGGAAAAAGCAAGAGCAAAUAAGAGAAAAAAAGGACAAAGCUGGAGAGGAAGGAAGGAGGAGAAAGCAAGAGCAAAAGAGGGAAAAAAAGGGCAAAGGUGGAGAGGAAGGAAGGAGGAGAAAGCAAGAGCAAAGGAGAGAAAAAAAGGACAAAGGAGGAAGGAGAAAGCAAGAGCAAAGGAGAGAAAAAAGAACAAAGAUGCAGAGGAAAGGAAAAAAGAACAAAGGUGGAGAGGAAGGAAGGGGGGGAAAGCAAGAGCAAAAGAGAGAAAAAAGGACAAAGGUGGAGAGGAAGGAAAGGGGAAAAAGCAAGAGCAAAUAAGAGAAAAAAAGGACAAAGCUGGAGAGGAAGGAAGGAGGAGAAAGCAAGAGCAAAGGAGGGAAAAAAAGGGCAAAGGUGGAGAGGAAGGAAGGGGGAGAAAGCAAGAGCAAAAGAGGGAAACAAAAGGGCAAAGGUGGAGAGGAAGGAAGGAGGAGAAAGCAAGAGCAAAGGAGAGAAAAAAGAACAAAGGUGGAGAGGAGAGGAAAAAAGGACAAAGGUGGAGAGGAAGGAAGGGGGAGAAAGCAAAAGCAAAGCAGAAAAAAAAAAAAAAAGGACAAAGAUGGAGAGGAAGGAAGGAAAGGGGAGAGAAUGAAUAGAAACCAUCCCUUUCAACCUGAGCCCACAUAAGAAAAAAAAAAAAAAAAAAAAAAAAAAAAGACAUGUUCCAAUAUAUUUCCCCAAACAGAGAAAACCCCAGAAAUACCCUUGAGUAAAGACCUUUUAGCCUGGCUGUUUUAAGGAAGUCCCCACCUUUAAGAAACGGGGUCACUACAAGCUUCCUAGAGUUGAACUAGAAGGGGAAACCAAGGUAUCUCCAGGCCUGGAAGGCUCUCCUUCCUCCCCUCUGACCAGGGACCUCCGGGGCUUCCUUUAAGUCCCAACAAAAAGGUCAGCCCCAGGGGAGUCUCCCCCAAAUCUUCUUAAGCCCAGGUUAAGUCUUCUUAAGCCCUCCAUGAAUCAUUUCCCAUUCAUCCUGUACAGAACUUGCUUCAUGCGGGUUUAUUUGCUCUCUCUCUGUCCCCUCUCUCCCAGUUAGAUUAAACGCUCCCGAUGGACAGGGGCUUUUGCAAACUCUGUGUAUCUCUAUGUUUAGCCCAAACCUGGCACACAGUAGGCAUUUAAUGUUUGUUGAAAGAAUGGGUCGGCAACGUAACAUACAAUCCUGUACAGGAAGAAUAUCAUUCUUAGGAAGGAGAUGCUCCUCUGGCUCUGGGUCAGAGGAUUACCAGCUGGGGACCUAAGAACGGAGACCCUGUCACUCCAAAUGAAGCGUCUUCCCUCCCAAGGAUUUCUGUCAGGAAGACAGGACAGUUAUUACUGGCAUCGGAGGUGAGGAAAUCCAGGACUGGAGGGGAAAUCGGUCCUACUAGAAUCCAAGUCCAGAUCACCAUCACUGCCACUACCUGGCGGUCUGCAAGUGGCCGAAGGAUGGCCAUUAUCUGGAAUAACAGACCUACAAGGGAAGGGCAUUCGAGGCCUCAGGAAACAGUGAGACUCAGGACCCGGAGGUCAGGACACCAAGGGCACAAGAGGAUGAUGGAGGAGCAGGAGAAGCCCUGCUAGGCCAGAACAGAGAGGAAGGGAAGGCGGAGAGAAAGGAGAGGCAAAGAGAGUGUCUAUUAAGCACCUACUGUGUGCCAGCUUCUGAGCUAAGCACGAGAACCAAAUAUGAGCCCAAAAGACAGUCCUGCUCUCAAGGGGCUUACAUUCAAAUGGGGGAGACAACCACAAAAGGAAGCUGGGAUGUGGAGGAGGAAGAAGACCCUCCCGACGAGAAAGCUGCUGGGGGAGAUGGAGAGGCAUGAAUGAAGUGAACAUGAAGACCAAUUUUCCUUUCUUUCUUUCUUCCUCCCUCCCUCCCUUCACUCUCUCCUUUCCUUCCUUUCUCCCUCCCUCCUCCUUCCCUUCUUUCUUUUCCUUUCUCUCUCUCUCCCACUCUUUCUUUCUUUCUAUUCUUUCAUUUUCUUUCUCCUUGUUUCUUGCUUACCUAUUUAGUUUCUUUUUUCCUCCUUUUCUCUCCCUUCUCCCUUUUCUCCUUUCUUCUCUUUUCACCACCCUCCUUCCCUUCUUUCCUUUUCUUUCCCUCUCUCCCACUCUUUCUUUCUUUUCUAUCCUUUCAUUUUCUUUCUCCUUGUUUCUUGGUUACCUGUUUAAUUUCUUUUUUUUCUCCUUUUCUCUCCUUCUUCUCUCCCUUUUCUCCUUUCUUCUCUUUUCCCCUCCCUCCUUCCCUUCUUUCCUUUUCUUUCCCUCUCUCACACUCUCUCCCACUCUUUCUUUCUUUUCUAUCCUUUCAUUUUCUUUCUCCUUGUUUCUUGCUUACCUGUUUAGUUUCUUUUUUUUCUGCUUUUUUCUCCUUUCUUCUCUUUUCCCCUUCCUCCAGGGAUCAGGGGCCAGGGGUCAGGAACUCACCAAUCAGAGAAAAGGGUCAAAGGAUAAAGCAUCUCCAAUUCUACAUCACAAAAAGCCCUGAAUGUCAGCCAAGAAAGAAGCCCUGCCCUUCUCCCUUAGGCAGUUCUGUUCCACAGCAAGCAGCUGCAUCUGGCUUUCAGAGCCCCAGAAAUACCCUUCUCCCAAUGCAUUGUCACUGGGGGUCUGUCUGGAGCCCGGAGUGGACACUUUACUAUUAGAACAUGACAAGCUUUCCCAGCCCAGUGGACAGUGGUCGUGGGUGGGCCAGGGAUUUGAGUCCUAUGGCCCCUCUGCCUCCUCGUUGGAGCCAGAUGAUUUCAGAAAGACAAGGGUGAACUUUCAAAUCCUCCUGAGCCCAGCCUGUUGGAAGGCUGCCAGAAGGCAUUUUGGGGGGAGGCCAGAGUUCUGGACGUGGCUCUAGACAGACUGGGAUGCUCGCUAGCCCUCUGACUGGAGGAGAGUCACCUAUGCUUCCCCAUCUGUAAAAUGUGGAAGACCCAAGUUCAAAUCCCACUUCCAACAUAACUCAUAUAUCUAAGGCAAGUUCCAGAGGCCUCAGUUUCCUUCUCUGUAAAAUAAGGGGGAGAGGUCUAGCUUAGACUGGCUUCUGAGGUCCCUGCCUUUGGUCAGAACAAACUGCCUUGGGGGAGGAGGGGAUGCAGGGCUCCAGAGAGCUGGGAAGCUCCAACUUGAAUUGAUAAAAAGGAAUUUGCUACAGCUGAGGCAGCUGGGUAAUGGAUAAAGCCAGAGCCAGAAAGAUCAAAGUUCAAAUCUCACCUCAAAUACUUAUCCUGGCAAGUUGUUCAUUUCUCUCAGCCUCAGUUUCCCCACCGGUCAAAUGGUGAGAAUAGCACCUACUUCAUAAGGCUGCUGUGAUGAAUGAAUGAGAAUAAAUACCAAGGAUGUUUCCAAACCUCAAAGCACUCUAUAAAUGCUGGCUACCACCACCACCACCACCACCACCAUCAUCAUCAUCAUCACCAUCAUCAUCAUCAUCUCAAUGACAUCACAGAUUUGGUCCCCCCUUCCCCCCCAAUAAUCUGGAGACUAAGAGCAGCUCCAAUGGAUGGCAACCGCCCCUUAUCAACUCCCCUCCAUCAGCAGACCCAAAGCCCAAAGGGUCCUGGGCCGGAUUACUCUGAUUACUCAGACAUGAUAAAUCUUUCAAAACACAAACAUACAGAAAAGGUAUUUUAACUGAGAUAAGGAAAAGGCUUGGUCCCUUAAGGGAAUUCCCAGAUGAAGAAACUGCCUCCACUCGCCAAGGGCUCCCUGGCACCCGGGCUGAGGAAGCUGGGCAAGGAAGGCCCGCAUGAUGCCAGCUGCCAAAGGUCACCCAGGCAGCGGCGGGCAGGGGCCUUCUCUGGCCUCCCAGAGGCUCCGCUCACAAUGUUUCCCUUUGAUUUAGAUAACAAUAACCACCUCAGUAAAUGCUAUAAUAAUACACAAUUAUAGUACCAUAUCUAACUGUGUUUCCUUUUAUAUGUGUGUAUACAGUACAUGUGUGUAUAUAUAAGUGUGCAAGCGAACACACACUCUCUCAGACACACAUAUAUGUCCCCAUAAUACACACGCUCGUGCCCGUACACUCAGCGCUUCUAAAUGUUCUCCAGGACUUGGCAGUGACCUUGGACCGGCCAAAGCUCCAUCAGCCAGAGCAUCCAGAUCCCAUCUGUCAUUCACAGCUCGACCCCUCCUCCCCGGGCUGGCCAGAGGGCCACCCCUGCUCAUCUUUAGUCCCAAAGGAGCAGGGACCUCUGCCCGCCAUGGGCAAAACUCUUCCUCUCCUCUCUGAGCCUGUCCAAAGUGUAAAACGAGGGGGAAGGGGGACUCGGUGGCCCUCGGGCCCUCGCCAGCUCCCCAUCUAGGUUCCUGUCACCUCCCUGAGGCUCAUUUUCUUCAUCUGAGUAGCAGAGAUGUUCACCACUUCCUCGAGUGGCUUUCUCUAUAUUCUCUCACUUGAUUGAUCCUCACAGAAACCCUGCGAGGAAGGGAUGCCAUUAUUAGGACCCUUGACAGAGAAGAAAUUAUAGCACAGUCCCACAGUCAGGAAAUAAAAGACGAGAUAGGAUUUGAAUUCUGAUCUUUCUGAUGCUGAGAUCUAACAUCCUUCCCCUAGGAUGUGAAUUCUGGUCUUUCUAACUCCAAGAUCUAACAUCCUUCUCUUAGGAUUUGAACUCUGGUCUUUCUAACUCCGAGAUCUAACAUCCUUCCCCUAGGAUUUGAACUCUGGUCUUUCUGACUCUUGCAUCUAAUAUCCUUCCCCUGCCCCCCAACACUACCUCACUUGACCUAAUGAUUAACUCUUUAAAAAUACCAAUAAAAUCAAGGCUCUUAAUCCCAAUUUCCUUACUCUGUGGGCACUCAUCACUCCCCGGCUGCCAGAUACCCAACCUCUGCUGUUGCCAAUCGGCUGGCUUGUUUAUACAGCUGGAAGCCUCAGUGCCAGGCCUCCCAGGCCCGCCUUCGAAGGCUCUCCCCCCCACAGGGACCUCCAAGUCUUGCCGGCCCCCCGCGAUUUUCUGCUCUGAACUGGAGGUCGGCAGAUAACGCUCGGGCAGCACAAGGCCACCUUCCGGCUGCCUAUCUUUGAAGAAGGACGCUUUGGCAGAGGAGAGCAUCCCUGGCCAGAGCUGGCCUUUCACACACGCAAACAGAACCACAAAUCAUCCUCCCUUCCCCCCAGCCGCCCCCUUCCACACAGGAGGAAAUCCCGGGUCCGGAGGCAGUCUGUCUGUCCAAAUGACGCAGCCAGGACGAGGUCAGCACAAUGUCACAACCAGCACCAAGGCCUUCCCUUCCCAGCUCUGCUUCCCCUCACCCCAAAGGCCAAGCGCUCAAAGCCACAUCGAGGUAACUUUUGGAUGUGUGGAACCGUCCAGCCCACCAAUGAAAACGGACACCGGGAGAGAGGGCGGCGGCCAUGACCGUGGACCUGUCACGGAGUCAUCCACUGAGCCCCUCGGCCGCCCACGUCGGCCUUCAGAACCGCCUUACCGAGGUCCCAGGUGCCCGAACCAGUCCCAGGACGCCAGCCAGCACGGCCAGCACCAGGGGACCUGCCAAGGCUUAGGAGAGCAGAGGCUUUCCAGAGUGG